CACCGCUACUGUCGGCUUGACUGUGGACAGAAGAAGAAGAGGGAGAAGAAGAACUGCGAAAUCAAGGAGAAGGACAGCGCCCAGAAGAACUGCAAACCUCUGCUGUCUGAGUGGAGCUCCGCGCUGGAAAUGGGACCUGGGUCACUUUCUCCGGGUGGUCGGACGUUAAAACAGAGGGUGCAGAUCUCCGACUGCUCAUGUCCUUUGGCCAUGUUUGGCAGAAGGACAUGUCCUUCAGUGUGUUAAAGCCACAGUGCUCCAUUCAACUCUUCAAGCAGCACUGUUUGAUCUAAAAGAAUCGUGCCCUGUAAGGAAGCAGGAUGUUCACAGGCUCCACCAAACUGCCUCCCACUAAAACCCCCCAGCCCGAGAGGCUGGAUGAAGUAUACGCUGCUUUACGCAGGGGUCUACAAUCGUACUUGCAGGUUCACCAGCUGGAGCUAGACAGUCUGGGUCAGCAGAUCAGAGAGAACAAGAGGAACGGGCGCUUGGGCUCUUUGUAUGAGCUGGAUAAGCAAGUUAAAGCCAUUGAGAGGUUCAUGCGUCGCUUGGAAUUCCACCUCAGCAAGGUCGAGGAGCUCUACGAUGCAUAUUGUAUACAGCGGAGGCUGCGUGAUGGAGCGAGUAAGAUGGUGGCAGCGUUUAACUCCGCCACCGGCAGCAAAGAGGCCAGAGAGAGUCUGAGUGAAGCCAACAAAGGCUACAGGGAAUGUACAGAGCACAUGUGCUCACUUGAGAGUGAAAUAGAAAGCCAGAUGGGAGAGUUUCAUGUCAAGAUGAAGGGCCUUGCUGGCUUUGCUCGAUUAUGUGCUGGUGACCAGUAUGAGGUCCUUAUGCGCUACGGCAGGCAGCGCUGGAGGCUACGAGGCCGUGUGGAAGUUAGCAACAAGCAGAUGUGGGACAGUGAGGAGUACAUCUUCCUGCCUCUUGUUACAGAACUCUUGUCCAUAAAGGUGACGGAGCUGAAGAGCCUGGCCAAUCACGUGGUGGUGGGCAGUGUGUCCUGUGAAAUGCUCGACCUGUUCUGCCCACUUCCACAGACGCUUGCUGUAGACAUCAAUGAUCUAGGAACAGUGAAGUUGAACCUGGAGGUCACCUGGAGUCCAUUUGAUAAGGAUGACCAGAUAUCAUCAUCCAGUACAGUUUCCAAACGGCUGCUGUCCAAUCAGAGUCCUCCUGACACACCCUCUAUGAGGGAGCAGGUGUUUUAUAGUGCGCCUCUUAACGGGUCCAGACAGAGCCGCUCGCUGGUGGAGGCUUUCCACGAUGGCAUGACAGACAGGACGGCCUUCUUGCGUUGCGAAUUGAACCAUACAACAUCCCGAUUCACCUGUGUACAUUCGUCUCUGCUGAAGCGACAGGGAGAGAUGGAGAACGGCACCGUUUGGUCCAACUCCUCUGAAUCGUCUGAUGACUCCUCCAGUCCAGCCCUGGCUCAUCACGCUCAGAGGCUUACCGCCUCCAACAUGCUGCAAACCACUCUGACCACUCAGCUGUCGUUCACGCCGCACAAAUCCAGUGCCUCAACGCCAUCGCUCUCAUCAAACCAAGAGGAGGACGAGUCAGAGACCGCUGAAGCUUUCUGUUCGAGCGACUCGGUGCCGAACGGCCAUCUGCAGGCAGCCGCCUCUGACAGCCACUUUGGUGAGAGCAGCACUGAUUGUACUGUGACUGACAGGGCGUCUGUCCAGUCGGCGGACAUCUCUGAAACCUCUGCAGACCUGAGCUGCUCCUGCCCUGAUGUGUCCUCUCAUUCUGCCGUGUCACUCGUGGAAAGACCGGAUGUGUCUGAGGUGCACACUUCAACAGACGUAAACGACACGGCUGAGGUCUCAACCGUACAGGCCGGACAGAUGGACACAGGGAUAGAGGACAGCACCACUGAGACAGGAGAGGGACACCAGGUGGACAUAUCAGAGAAACACAGUCAUCAGGCUCAGCUCCUCCAAGAUGUUCAGCAACCAGAGGAGGUUCUGACGGUUCCUUUUCCAACUUCAGCAAGUUUCAACCAGGAAGUUGAAACAGCCCUUGAAAGUUUUGACUUCCUCAACUGUUCAGACCUUGAUGAUGAUGCUGUUGAUGACAAUGAUGAUGGUGAUGAGAAGGAGGAAGAUGAGGACAAGGAACAAAAGAAAGAUGAAGGAUUAAAAGAAGAGGAAGAUAACCAGAACAAACCACUACAAGAGGAAGCAGAGGAUAAAGAAAAGGAAGAAGAAAAUGUCUACUCUGGAGGAAGUGAUGAAGAGGAGGCAGGUGGCCUUGAUAUCCUUAUGGAAGCUCCAGAGGGGUUUAGGAACUCAGAUGAAGAUCGUUUUUCUGAAUCACAGGAGUCGAGUGUUGAAGACCUGCAGGAUUUGGGUCAGAUUGAAAUGCCUGAGGAUACACAAGAGCAGAACGAGGAAAAGGAAGACAAACAACACGAAGAGGAGACGCCUCCUGAUCAGGAGGAGCGUCCCUCUACUCCCACUCAUCUGGCUACGACUGUCUUCUGAUGACACAGUGGAACCCAAGUGUUCACCCCUCUGGUCCACUCAUGCCAUCUCCCACUUCCACUGGAGGCUUGGAGGAUGUCCAACUCUCUGCUCAGACAAACAGGCUCCCCCAAUACAGUGGAGUUUGUGCACAUACAGUAUUUGCCUUGUUCUGACAAUGAACAACAGAACUGGGGGCUUCAGUGUCUUAAAGCCCCUCCUGACACACAUCGUCCUCCAAAGUCCUCAUCAUUUCAACACACACUCCAUCAUGAUGUCUGGGUUUAAGUGGGAAAAAACUGAGUUUACACAUUCACAAACUGUUCCUGUCAUGUGAAAAUCCACUGACCAAAUCAUAAACAUUUCAGGAACAGUUUAAAGCGGCCUUGUUUUUGGCUUCUUUUUUUUUUUUUUUUUUUUUUAAGUAACCCAUUUUUUUUUUUAUUGUUUUAUAGGUCAAAUUGGGUUAAUUUACAAUCAUUCACUAAGGUGAAACCAUGAAAAUAGCCAAAAGUUAAAACUAUCAGUAUUUGUGGACAUGAAAAAGUUACACUUUGCAGUGUUACAUCCAUGUACAGCUCAGAGCUAUUUCAGUUUAUGGGAGAGUAAACUUGCUGUUUGUCUGAAGAUUUGUAUUGUCAAAAGCUAAAUCACCAUGGAUAUAGUCAUUUCAGAAACAGAAAUGUACAUGAAAAGACCAAGAGGACUUUUUAUUUUAGGCAUCACAGACAAUUAAUGAGAAUACUGAAACCUCCACAUGGAUUACAGAUGUUACAUUUUGUGUUUAAAGCCACUCCAUGGACAGAUAUGAAUAUAAACACUCCAAGGAGGUCUGACUUGAUUUGGUCUUGGUUUUUUCAACAUGAAAACAUUUGCAGUGUAAAAUUAUAUUAAACCUGCAUGUGUAGCUGCCUCACACUGCCACUGUUUGUAUCAAAGCUCAACUUGUCAGUUUAAGUGUGUAAGCUAGGCUCCUAUCUAAGGAUGCCGUCAGGUCUGUGGCUGUGUACAAAAGCUGCCUCAAGGGGGCGCUCUAGUGUUUCAGCAUCAUGCUUUAUGUUGAUCUAUAAAAGCCUCUUCAUUCAGAAAGUGCCUCAAGUGACAGGGAAAGUUUGAAAUAAGCGAAUGCCACAACAGGAGAGAUCAAGCAAAGAUAACAGUGUUUAUUUUCUGAAUUACUUUAAGAGUGUGCACAAUAAGAGAUAUUUACUGUUUCAUAUAAAGAAUUGUAUAUGUCUUGAAAUGUUCAAAUGUUUAUGUUAAGAAAUGUUCAAACUUUAUAAAGGUUUCUUUAAAAUGAA